AUGUGCAGGAGAUACGCGAACCGCGUCGAGUUACGACACGUACAGGAGGCCGAUGAGUUCAACGAGGAAAUCGCGUGCCUAACGCGUGAAAAAGCGUUGCCGCGUAGCAGCAAGCUGUUUAAAUUCGACUCCGAGAUAGGAAAGGACGGAGUCGUGCGCGUGAACGGUCGUAUAAAUGCAGUUCAAAUCAAACAGUCUGUCAAGUCACUCGCGGUUUUGGACGUACGGAACGCGUUCACUCGACUCUGCGUUGAUAACGUAUAUAGGCGUUCCGGACACGGCAGGCGCGAGCGCAUCGCGAACGACGUGAGACAGAUGUACUAUGCGCUGAGAUUACGUUCAACCGUGUUACACGGGUGCACUUUCUGUCGUCCCAGAAAAGUUACGCCGUCCGUGCCGGCGUUCGGAGACUUACCCGCUGUGAGACUAGACGCGUAUAGUCCACCGUUUAGCAGUUGCGGAGUAGACUAUUUCGGACCGAUGAUAGUUACGAUAGGUAGGCGCCACGAAAAAAGCUGGGGCGCAUUAUACACUUGUCUAACUACGCGCGCGGUAUAUUUAGAAUUCGCCGCGUCAUUAACUACGGAUUCGGCGAUAAUGGCCUUACGUAGAAUGGCCGCACGGCGCGGCUGGGCGGGAGUUAUGUACAGCGAUAACGAAACGAGUUUUAGAGGCGCUAACGCCGAGCUACGGGCAGCUAUAAAAGAAUGGGAGCCCGAGCUUCGCGAAUUUGCAUUAACGCGGCGCAUGGACUGGCGAUAUAUCCACCCGGGCACGCCGGACCAAGGGGGCGCGUGGGAACGAUUAGUGUGGUCGGUAAAAACUGCGUUAUCAGUUACCUUGCACAAUAGAGCGCCAAAAGAAGAAAUUUUGUUAACCUUGCUCGCGGAAGCAGAAUACACUAUAAACGCGCGUCCGCUUACUCACGUAUCGGCAGAUCCGGCCGAGCCCGAGGCGCUCACGCCUGACCACUUCUUGCUUGGGCAACCGAAAGUACUGCCCAUUAUCGGAACGUGUGAGAGUACAGAUAGACGUCAAUGGCGAGCGGCGCAAGCGUUGGCAGAUAGUUUCUGGCGCAGAUGGAUUAGGAAGUAUUUACCGCAGCUCAUUCCGUGCGGGUCACCCUCCGAUUCAAGCAGAAAUCUCGCCGUCGGAGAUUUAGUCCUAAUAGUAGACUCUACGUUACCACGGAACGUAUGGCCGCGCGGGGAAGUAGUGAAAAUCUACCCAGGCACCGACGGCAUAGUUAGGAGUGUACAAGUUAGGACACGGGGUGGUAUUUUUAGGCGUCCGGCGCGUAAGUUGGCCGUCCUCCCCAAGUAA